AUGGAAAUCCAUGGAAUUCCAUGGAAAUCCAUGGAAUUCCACGAAACUUCCAUGGAGUAUCCAUGGAGUUCCAUGGAAUGCCAUGGAGUUCCAUGGAGUAUCCAUGGAGUUCCAUGGAAUGCCAUGGAGUUCCACGGAGUUCCAUGAAGUAGUGAUGGAGUUCCAUGGAACGCCAUGAAAUUCCAUGGAGUUUCCCUGGAGGUCCAUGAAAUUCCAGGGAAUAUCGUAGAGUUCCAUGGAAUGCCAUGAAAUUCCAUGGAGUUUCCUUGCCGGUCCAUGAAGUUCCAGGGAAUAUCGUAGAGUUCCAUGGAAUGCCAUGGCGUUGCCUGAAGUACCAUGCAGUUCCAUGGAAUGCCAUAGCGUGUCCAUGGAGUGUGAUAGAAUACCAUGCAGUUUGUAUGAGACAAUCCCUAGAAAUUCAGUAA